AUGCACGAGUUUUGCCCCAUGCAUUUGCUCGCUGCGAUCAGGAAUUCUUACGUUCACUUUAAGACCGUUCCUCAAAUAUUUAAGACGACCAAGGUUGGAUCCAAUGCCGUUGGACUGCUAGACUACUUCGACAGAAUCUUCCCUUCUUUCUUCAUUGAAAUCUAUGAGCAUAUAUACAAAAAUAAGAAAGCGCAAGAAGAGUUGACAACCUAUUUCUAG